AUGUUGGAAGAUGUUGACCAAGUCUUUGAAGAACAUCAGCCUCAUUCUCUUCAAACCAAACAACAACAAGACGUGUUACAACGAGAAGCGUUAGUACCAUCAUACAGCAAUAGCCGGCCUGGAUCGGGAAGACCAUCCUCAUCGAAACCAUCACCUCCUCGGGAUGUCGUUGUAGGAGAUGAAGGCAAACGAGAUCAUUCUCCGUUGACAAAUUCCGACAUGAACUUGGUCAACCAACCGUCAAGAAGUAAAGAAGAUACCACUGGUGAUCACACGGAAGACCAGGAUACCACUAGAAAGAAAAAGAGAAAAUCACGUUCGAGAGCAAGAAGACAACUCUUCGAAAGUGCUGAAGACGACGAAAAUAUUAAAAAUGACACGAAUCUACAAAGCCUUGCUCAUCAAGAGAAUUCCAAUCACGAACAAGCUGUAUCGAUCACGAGCAAUGCGGACGGUGGAAAUUCGCUCAUACACACCUCUACAACCUUGAAUAAUAACCAAGACAACCAAGAAACAAAUAUUGACGAUAACAACAAAGAAGAUGAAAAUAAUCUCGUGACCAAAUUAUUGUUGGAAAAGGAAAAACAAGAAGUUGUCAAAUUAGCAGAACGAAGGGAUCCGAUAAUCAUCAAAAAAGAAAAUAGGAAAAAAGAUUUUCUUGAACAUGUUACUUUUGUAUCGGAAAUUAGGCCUGUCGUCGAGGGAGUCAAAAGACAAAUGGAAGUCCGAGUGAACGAGCUCAACAAAUUGUAUGAAAUUUAUUUAUCACGACAAAAAACCAAAGAAGCAGAAGAAUGCAAAACUAUUUCAGAAAAGUUGAGACAAAAAAUUGAAAAACUGUCACAGGAAUACUCGACAAUUUAUCGAUAUUUUGAUCCACAAGAGGAGGGAAUCUUUUCUGACAAGAAGCCCUUUCUUCUUGAACGAGGCCAACAUUUAUUGGAGCAUCGAUUAAUGCGAGAACAUAAUGGAAUUUCAAAAUUCUUUGAUGAAAACGGACAAUUAAUUGUACAGUUGGAUCCUACCAAUAAUGUAUUUACAAAACCGGGAGAAUUUGAUUUUGAUUUGAAAGAUAACAAUGCAAUAGGUCUUAAGAGGACGAUACCUACUAAGAGUCUUCGCUCAACCACCGCAUCGAAACACUUCAAAAUCGACAUUGAUAUUCGGGAGAUUAUUUUUGAGGAUCAUCCACUCAUGACUGAAGAAGAGAUCGUCACAAGAAAGAUUCUUGAGGCCUAUAACAGAUACCAAGAGCUUAAAACCGCAGAUAAAUUUGAUUAUUAUCAGAAGAAAAUUUUGGCCUUACAAACUGAAUUGGAUAGACUUAGAGGAAAAAAGGACAAGGCAAUUAAGAAAUCAAACCCACUCGAUGAAUUAAGUUAUUUAACAAAGGAGGUAAAGGAGAUUGAGCGCGAGAUGUCUGUAUUGCGCUCUGAAAUCAAACAAACUAGAACAGCAAUGGAAAAUGAAGAGUUUAAGGAAAUUACCCUUGUAAAUACUAUGAUUAGCAAUUGGGAUCUGCUAUGUAAAAUAAGAUCAAACAACAGAUAUACUGUCACAAAUUUAAAAAUGGGUUUCAGAACAGUGGAAACCAACAAAGAGGAUGACAGCUUUGUCAUUCAAUAUAAUAUCGAACAAGAGUUAAUAGAGAUGGAAGAGGAUUUGAAAUGGAAAUACAUUCAACAAGUUAUUGAAUACAGAGAGCAGCUAAUACCAAUCGGAGAACAAGAGUACUCAUCGCUGUUUUUAGUGGCAUCAAAGAAAGAUCCACCCAAACUUCCAGCUUUUGAUAAAGAGAGCGAAAGAAAGCGCAUCAUUGAACGAAUGGGAAUGCACCGAAGAUAUCCUGGAGAAUCUAUCAUUAUUCCUGAAAUUUUAAAAACUGAAAUCACCAAAGAAUCAGAACUUCCAUCUACCGAAAUUGAAAGAAGAAAUCAAAUCAGCCAACUUUCAUAUCACGUAAAUGUUUUAGUGAACGGCAACUUUGUUUGCAAAACUACAAGCCAACAAUUAAGAUCUGACUUUACUGUAAACUUUAAUGAGAUUGUAUCUGUGAGCGUUUUCAAAUGGCCAGAAUCUAUCAGUUUAGAAGUCAUGCAAUCUGGAUGGUUGGAUAGAACAAUUUCACAAGUGUUCGUUCCUGUACCAGGUUUGGAGCGAUCAGGAAAGGUAGAAAUGGACAACAUGAAGACUCUAAAUUUCACCUCUCCAGUUGCUCAUUCACCUGUUUGGGAACUUCAAGCUAUUGGAGUGUUUCCUCUUUCCAUUUUUACUCCAUUAUUUAAAUCUUUACCAAAACCAACUCAUCACACAAGUGGACUCGUGAAAAUGUCGAUUGCUUGGGUUAAGCCAUCUGAGGACAGAAUGAUUGAGGCUCCAAAACCUCCGGUAGAAAAGAAAAGAACAGAUCUACCAACUGCAAGAGAUUUACUUAACCUUAAACAAAUUACUUCAUGGAUGGAAUCAAAUAAUAUUGAUCCUAAUGAUCCAAGAAAUACAGGGCUUCUUUCCAUGUUAAAUGAAUUAGAUAGGGAUGAUUUAUCAAGCAAAGGUUUUUAUCUUGCUGAACAAGAUGACGAAUUAUUCUUCUUUGAUGAAUUUAAUAAUUCAGCAUAUCAAAGAAGAUUACACUUGCUAAAGCUGAGAGAUGAAGUUAAAGGGAAGGUACCAUUACCAUUGAUACCACUCGAUCUUGAUCAAAUUCAGCCAAGAGUUGUUAAAAGCUAUGAAGAAAAGAUUAUCAAGUCUCUCUCAACUGAGGCAAAACUAUCAUCCUAUGUCAAUCAAGUCAGAAGGCAUGCAAACAAUGCAAUACUUAGAAAGGCAAAGCGUUUGGUUAAAACAAAUAUCGAUGUUUCUCAAUUUGUCAAAGAACCUCCACUACCUUCAUUCCACCAUUCUAUAGAUGCUAUUUUGGAAAUAUUUGAGGAAUAUCGACCUCUUAAUCCAAAACGCAAACAAAAACAAGUACCACCUCUCUCAGAAAUAACAUCUUGCAACAUUUUAGUACAAAUUACAAGAGGAUACAAUUUUCCAGUUCGAAAAGAUAGUCACAACGCAACAUAUAGAACUUACAGACAAGAAAGACUCAAGAAUGCAAGUGAGUUGGGGUUGGAAAUGCAAAUGACAAAUCGUAUGCAAGAAAAUGGUGCAACAAACAUUUAUGAGCACGAUCAAGCAACUUCAGGAGGAAAUAAGGAAACAAUUAAUUAUAUUACCAUGUCUAAAGCGAAUCAAGAACAAACUUUGCCAGAUCGGUUGUUAUCCUUUGUUGCAGUGACAUUCGAUGGAGAAAUGCAGAGAACUAAAUCUGUGGAAGGACCUUUUCCUCAGUACAAUCAGACAUUAACACUAAAUCUACAAACCCCAAAUAAUGAUUACAGUACUGAAGCUUUGAAAUUAAUAGACAAGGAGAUUUACUUUGACAUUUUCGAUGAAAUUACUGUUGAAGGAUUGAAAGACGAAAGAGACUACAAUGCCAUUAAUCAACGAGCUGAAUUUAAGUGGUUAGGGUCCUAUUCUGUUCCUUUUUCAACACUCUUCCAGAAUGGAAAAAUUGUUGGUACCUUUAGAUUGAAAACACCACCACUGUACUUGGGCUAUAGCAAGUCUGUGAACGAAGCAAAUGCCUACUCAGCACUUACGGUGUGCAUUACUUUGGACCCUCCUCUCCCAACACCUGAAAAGGUUGAAGAUUUUAUUGUGACAGGAGAAGGCCCAGAAGUUUAUUCAUAUUGUCAAUGGUGGAUGAAAGUUGUGAAAAAGUCCAAACAUGUGAAAUCAAGAAUUGUCAAAUGUCUCGUUCCUAAUAUUGAAGGAAAAGCUACUCUUAUUACUAGAUAUAUUACCCCUCAAGAUCCACCAACUGAAUUACAAACCGCAGCAGAACUCGCAAGAUUUGUAUCUUUAAUUCCAGUUGUUAAUGACUCCCUUGCCUAUGGAUCUGAUGAUACUUGGGUAGGAUCUCAAGAAUUUUUGGACACUAAAGCUGGAGAUUGGGAAGAACAUGCCAUUCUCUUGUGUAAUUAUUUAUUAAGCAUUGGACGGUUAGCAUUCGUCGUACUUGGAAAAGGAGUUCCUGAAGGUGAGACUGCCUAUGUACUAACAGUGGAAAAUAGCGCUGCCACUCAACAUUCACAUUCCUAUCAGGAAAAUAGAAAAUGUCUGUGGCUUUGGAAUCCAGUGACUGGCGAGAAAUAUUCAGUGGAUGAUCCAUUAUGUCCUCUUCAAGAAAUUCACACCAUCUUUUCUCAAAGCAAUGUUUGGGUGAAUGUUCAAAAGAAAGUUCAACCCUCAACCAUGAAAUUUGAUCUGAAUGAUGUUUCACAAUUCUAUCCAUUGUAUCAUCCAACACGAGAUGCAAACAAGAUGAUUGCCAAAGAAGCAUCAGACCCUAAAGGAAAAAUUCAAUACAAGAAAUUACUGUAUACCAAGACUUCGAACGAACAAUCCAUUCGAUUGGAACAAGACAUUAGAAGAGCCAUUGAGGAAGGUUUCUCAAAAUGGCGUCACAAGGCCACCAUUUGGGAUAACUCGCUCAGUAAGACAUUUAAGGAACUUCUUCAAAGUUUUGAGGCGAGCAAAAAGUUAGAUCAACCUCUGAGUGAAGAAAAUCAACAACAAGCACUUGCGAUUGUGAACGAAUCGAGCGCUAUUAACGGAUUUCCUCUCAAUUUUGCUUUCAAAGAUAUUAAGGAAAUUGUGACCGAAGUUCGCAACACAAUGGUUUAUGACACUUAUGAAAAUGAUGUGAAAUUUGCUCUCGCUGUUUAUGUUGAACCUUAUGCCAAUGGAGUGAUGAGUGUUUGGGUCUAUGUUGCUUCUGUCAUUAACAAACGAGGGUAUUAUUAA